AAUGUGACCCAUUAUUUUCAGUUUAUGUAAUCCCUUGCUUCUCAUUCAAAUCACUCGAUUCCUUGCGUGCCCCAUUAAUCGAAUUGUUUGGAUCACUGUCCCUUUGCCCUUGAUCAACCCAUCUAGCUCGAUCGAUGGCCGGGACAUAAGGUGGGGCAAUUUAGCUGAUUUCUAACAUUGAAGGAUAUAUAUUUUUCGUACUUUUCCUCUUAUUAUUUCCUCCCCAUGUGAAGCUCUUGUCUUUCACGUAUAUUCCACACCCACCACAACUUUGUUUCUUAUCCACAAAGCAAACCAAAGACUGAGUUACAGAAUAAAGAAGCUCAUCCUAUUGUGCUGAUUUCUCAAGCCUAGACGCCAUGGGAAGAAAAGGAGUUCUUGCUUCGUGUUUCUUUCUCAAUUACAAGACUGAUAAGGCCAAGUCUUGUUUGGUCUUCUCAUUCUAUGACUCUCUCUCAGAGGCCCUGCUAAGCCUAAGAAACUCGCUGGGGACUCGAGCUUUUGUUGACCUACAGUGGUGCGUGCAGGCCAUGAAAAUCCUAAGCACCAUGCACACAGGGCUGCUCCUAUUGUUGAUAGAUAACCCAAGCCUAAGGCAAAAAUGGUUGGACCAAUACAUGGACCACACUAUCUUCUUGCUAGAUGUAUGUAACUCCCUGAAAGCGGCAGUUUCCUCCCUCGAAAAGUAUCGGUUGUUGACCGAAUUUGCAAUUGAAAGCAUAAAAGGACACACUCGAGACCCUGAGGUGCUUGUAAUGGAGAUGCAAAGGUUGACAAUGAAGAAGAAUGAGCUUCAAGGGUCAAAGAGUUGGGCUAAAAUGGCAGUUCAUAGGUGUGAAGAGUGGGGAGUUCCCCCUCUAAGGCUUUCACAUGUCAUGAGAGAUGCACAAGGAGUGGUGGCCAUGGUGGCUUCACUACUUGUCUCAGUUGUGGUCACAAGUGGGGUUCAUGUUGGAGGAGGUGGGCACCCCAUAGGAGCUUUAGAUCCAGCAGGGUCCACCAUGUUCACACAAAUGGGGGAAGACAUGUGGAGGGAAGCAGGGUUGUUAGAAGAGGUGGAGAGGGUGGAGAGUGUGGUAGAAGAAAUAGGAGAAGAGUUGGUGGGAGGUUGGGUUGAGGAUGAAGGGAAGCUGUGUGAGAUUGUUGAGGUGUUGAAGAGGAGGUCUAAUCACUUGAAGGAAGGUUUAGAGAGGUUUGAAGGGGUUGUGGAUCAGGUUUUUAAUGAAGUUGUAGAUGGUAGGAACAAGAUACUGCACCUAUUUGGUGAUGGGACAUAGGGAAAAAGGUGGUAAGAGGUUGGGUUGAGGAUGAUGGGAACUUGUGUGAGAUAUUGGGGUAUUGAAUGGGAGGUAUGGUGAAUACAAGGUUUAGAGUGGUUUGAGGAGGCUGUGGAUCAGGUUUUGAAUGAAGUUUUACAUGGUAGAAAUAAGAUUGCACUUAUUUGGUGAUGGGGCAUUGCAAGACACUAUUGGAUUUAGGGCAAGUAUUCUUACCAACUUCAUGCUAAGCUUUGUACUAUUUUUUGUAACAAAUUGUGUAAGUUUUGGAUUGUUGAAUAGAUUUGUAUAUAAUUAAUUACUAUUUCCUUGAAUAAUCUAAAAGCUCUAACUUUGUGAGGAUAAUAAGAAACCUAGUUUCUUCAAAGUAUUUAGGUUUCUUCGAAGUAUUUAGGAGAAAUAUCAAUUAAGGAAUCAAAAGGAUAUUGCAUGGAUUAGCUUUUAACUUUCAUUUCAAUCUUGUACCUCCUCAAAAAGAAUUUCAAAUAUACUUAAAUUACCAUUGUUCAGGGUUGAGAAUCCCAAUUAAACUACACUUCUUACCUUUGUCAUCUAACUUUAUACUCUUUUGCCUUGGGAUGUGUGUGAAGAAUUUGAGAGAGAGAGGGACUCUUUGAGAAAAUAAUUAUGCCCCACACACAUCUUGUGGUAGUUCUUUCAUUAUAUAUAUAAUGAUAAUACAAUGGUGUAAUAUAUACCUUCCUAUCUUGUCAUAUGCAAUAUACAAUUUCUUAUCUUGUCAUAUGCAAUAUAUAAUUUCCUAUCUUAUUACUUUCCUAUCUUUCAUAUCUUGUUGAAAUUUUUGAAUAUUUCUAAAUUGUAUUUCUAUUACUCCGCCUCAAACUCGGCUGGGGAGGCAUUUGAACCCUGAGUUUGAAGCAAAGAUCUCGAAAAAUAUCUCGUGACAAAGGCUUGGUGAAGAUAUCAGCUACGAGAGGAAAUCAAACGUGUGAUAAGAAAUCCAAGAGUAACUCAAUGUACAUUUCCCGUGCAUGGAAAACAUGAUUAACUAUCAUGUAAAGAGCACUAAAAGAAAGGCAUGUUUAUUCUGCAGUAGUGGAUGCCAUUUAUCGGUAUUCAGUUUCAGCACUGGAACGAGCCACAGUCGAUUGUUUCUUAGCACUCCAAGAUAUACAGUUGGAACCAAGAUAGGUGCAGAAAACAGUGGUUGAACGAUGAGUGGUUGGACACCCAACCUAGUUUGCAUCAGAGAAGGUAUACAACUCAAGGGAACUAGUUGACAAGAUUCUUAUACCACAUUAUUAUAUACCAUUGAGAUAACGAAGAUUUGGCUUAACUGCCUGAAAAUGGGUAAUUGUAGGUGCAUGCAUAAAUUGACACACUGUAUCUCUAUACGAAAGGUUUGACCCUGUUAUAGUAAUGUAAUGGAGUGCACCAACAAUGCUCCGAUAAAGAGAUGGAUUAGGAAAUGGAUCAGAAUUCCCAUGAAUAUUAUUUUUCAUUACCUUUAGUGUUGAAAUAGGUUUAACACCGAGCA